AUUGCCGGCCAUUUUAUUCAUACGCUCUUUGCUCCAGAGUUUGUCAAUUUCACAUUCGAAACUACCGGUUCAAGCGAAAGCAAUCAAAAGCAACUAGUUCCUCAUAAUUAUAAAUACAAAGACUUCAUUCUCCUGUUCGGUGUGCUUUCAAUUGCGUGAUUUGGAUAUUAUCUCUUAUCACUUUCAAUACUUUCGAGGCGUCUCGACAUUUUUAUUCUUGGAUUCUUUCUCAAAAAGGACUCUUCGGCAAACUUGCACCCGAGUUUACUCCCAAGUUUUCAAUUCUGAGGAAUUCAAUUGAGGACUUGUUGAUUCAGAAGAGAAUUCAAAGAUGGCUGAUGUCCUAGAAGAAGGUCCCCUCACCGAUGCAGCAGCAGCUCUCGCUCUGGGCAAACGUCACCUCUUGGUGCGUGACUACAACAGCGCUGUCAACACCUUGAUACAAGCUUGCGAACUCUUGGUGCAGAAACAUGGGGACGGCGCUGAUGAAUUGGCCGAACCCUAUUUGCUCUAUGGUCGAGCCCUUCUCAAUCUGGCAAGAGAGGAGAGCAAUGUUCUGGGUAGUGCAGUUCCGUGUGAUGAAAAGGACUCGGAUGAAGAGGCUGACGUUGAUGGAGAAGACGAGGAAGAGGGUGAUGGCGACGAAGAGAUGGAUGAGACGGAUGAGAAAAAGGAGACUGAACUGAAGAAGGGCGGGGAAGUUGCGGAUAAGUCGGCAACGAAAGAAGGGAAAAAAGUCGAGGAGAAGAAGCCUACAGAGUCGAAUAAGGAUGAGAAAAGUGGGGAAAAUGAAGUUUCGAAGGCUGAAGGAGCUACUCCUGGAUCGAGCAAAAUGGUGAACGGAGGAUCUUCUAGUCAUAUGAACGGAGAUAUCAAAGAAAAUGGAGAAGACGAUGAGGAGGUUAAUGAUGACGAAGAUGCUGAUAACUUGGAGGUUGCCUGGGAAGUUCUGGAAUUGGCAAAACUCGUGCUCUUGAAGCGCGGACCGCCCGGAUGGCAUUUGUUGUCGGAGGCGCACAAACUGUUGGGCGAAGUGGCGAUGGAGGGUGGGAAUGUGAGCGGGGCCUUGACAGACUUUCACGCCUGUUUGGACCUUUUGCAAAAAAUUGAGCCCUGCAAUCCACGCGCAAUUGCCGAAAUUUACUACCAACUUGGUCUCGCCUACUCGUUCGCGAACGACUUUGACUCGAGCAUCGAGCAGUUCAAAGAAGCGGGCGCGCUCCUCGAGGCGCGAAUCAAGGAACUCGAGGAGACGAGGACCUCGGAACCGGCAAAAUCCUCCGACGAUCCGUUCUACACGGUCGAGGGCGAGAUCAAGGAAUUGAGGGAGCUCUUGCCGGAAAUUGAGGAGAAAAUUUCGGACAUGAAGGACGCGAAACAGGAGGCUUGCAGACUGAUAAUUGAGGGAAUCCGGGAAAAGGCGUCUGCUGGCGGCUGCUCGAAUGGCGCUAGUACAAGCAAUGGGCCAUCUUCUUCGGGGGCGUCUUUGGGACCUUUCGGAUCAGCAUCUUCUUCUUCUUUUGGAACUUCCGCCGGAUCUUCAACCUCGAAACCUGUCACCGACAUUUCCCAUCUGAUCCGGAAAAAACGCAAGCCUGAAGAAAAUCAAGCCGAUGAGGCUUCUUCUUCGCCUUGUAAGAAAAUGUCGCCCCAGUAGAGAAAUAUAUUUUUUUUUUUCUUCGUCUUUUUCUUCUUCUUCGUAAGUAUUUUUGUGUAUAAAAUUGAAGAAAAAACAAAUCGUAGUGUAGGUUUCGCAAAGCGUUCUCAAGCAUAUGAUUUGAUUUUUUUUUUUUUCGUCCACAGAGUAGUGUUUUUUGACUUGAGAGAGUAUAUAACAGAAUUGAAUAGGGUUUAUUUUAAUUCAACUAGACAUCCGCACUUUUCCGGUGUAAAGGUAUUUUUUUGUUUUUAACUUUUCAGCGUUUAAAUGAAAUUGAUUUUAAUUGAAUUCACAUCAUUUGAGCUCGAUGUCGGGAGAUGUGUUUUUACUGCUCUGUGGAUUCGUCAUUAAAUUCUGCAUCAAGUUUUCUUCUUCUUUAAAAGAAAAAUCAAGGGAGAGACGAUUAUAAAAUUUCGUUCUCGUUGAAUUUUAAGUAAUUUACGUACAUUAAACAUAAUAUUUUAAGAAACUCGCUGAUUACUUUGAUAAAUGAUUAAAUAAUUAAUUACUUGUAAGCUCUAGAAUUAGUUUUUUUUUAUGUUAAAGUAUUUCUAUUUUAUUUAUUGAACGACAAAACUACUUCCAAUUGUUUUUAAAAACUUGUGAGCACUGUAUUAUAUCCGAAAAAUGUAGAAGGUUGUAGUAACUUCUAAGGCUGAAAAAAUAAAACUACAAUAAAUCGUUCUUUUUCU